GCCAUCUUGCCGCAAGUCUCACCUGGUAUCAGAUAGCGACUGAUGUGGUAGCAUGGCAAGGGACGGUGCGGCUGACAGCGACCUCAGGUCCAUUAGCGACUGGUCAGAGCCGCUCCACCUCGCCUUUCUGUCGCAGCCAUUUGUACCUCGGCCGCUAGUGGGCGAGAAGAAGACAGAGGGGGUGGAAGUAGGCAGCGUGCUCAUCAAGCUCCUCCCUCACGCUCCCUCGCUCACCCUGGGCGUCCUGGUGCUGCCUCUCUCAACAGUGUCUCCGCUAUACGAGGGUCUAAGCUUGCGAACGCUGCAGAGACGCAUCAAACGCAGCGCUGGUCUGUCACAGGCAGGCGAAGCGGCAUCGCAGGCCAACAAGGGGACAGACAGCGCCCUGUUCGGUGAAUUGGUAGAAAGUGUACAGAGGGCACUGCAAGGACAGGAUGGGACACAACGAUGGCUUGAUUGCGAGAUAGGGCGCGGAGAGGCGUCUCUCACCUUACACCACAGCUCACCAACUGCCGACUUUACCGUCUCCUUCGACCUUUCCUCGCUAGACCGCGAGGAUGGACCCAGAGUCGUCAGGGACCAUCUUCUCCUGCCGCUCGCAUCCAUGGCUCACCCACAAGAGGCGCCUUCAUCUGAGGCCCUCGUACGUCUGCUUGGCAAUCGAGAGAGCGCCACGAAGCUGAUGAAUGCCGGUGAGAGCUUGGCGGGCAGAGCGAGCACGACGCUCCAUGAGCAACGCGAACGGCUGUCUUCACCGCAGAUCGAGGUGACAAACCCCUCCCCGCCUCCACGCAAGUCCGUUUCUCCUCAUCAAAGACGGAGUCCUACUCGCACUCGCUCGCCGACACUCAGCAAAUCUCGCAGCCCAGAAGAGACGCGCUCUUUGGCUGCACCAUCUUACACCCCCUCCAAGUCAUCUGCCUCCUCUUCCUCCAGUGCGAUCCCAAGGACACCCUCCUCGAGUGUGAAAAAGGCUGUCCCGCAGACUGUGAUUCGUCCCGAAGGGGACGACGACGAUGACGAGGAAGACAUCGUAAUCUUCAACCCCACGCCUACCUCUUCCUCCCACCGCUCUCGGCAGAGCAAUGGACGCCCCGAGAGUGAGGAACAGAGGAGAUUGGACGCACAGAGCCCCACGCCUGGCUCGCGUCAGACUGCUGCUGCUGCUGCUGCUGCUGUUGCAGGACAGGACUUGACGCCUAGCGGACCUGGGAAGAGGGCGCAAGCGGAGAAAGACAAAGACAAGGAAAACGAGGAGGAGGAGGAAGAGGAGGAAGAGGAGCUCUCCCUCGGCUCAAAAGGACCGAAGGCAACGCCUCAGAUGAUUAUCCAGCAGCGCCAGGCUGGCGAUGCCGAGUCCGAGCAGGGAGACACCACCAUGCGGCCAGCAAACAUUGGAGAAUCACCACCCCCGACUCGGCGAACGACGGGCGUGCGCUCCCCUCUUCUUCCUCCCGCCUCGACAUUUGAGAGUAUGCCUCCGACGCCGGUGCAAGUGGAUCCUGCCAACCAGGAACUGCCCAGUACUGCUACUGCUACUGCCGGGCAAGAUGGCGCCCCUCCGACGCUGCAGGCGCCGCCGUUGCCGACGUCUUCGCUGACGCACGCCGAGGUGGUGGAUGGUCCGUCGAGUGGAGGAGCGGGAGGGAGGGGAACCAGCCGGUACACGAGGGGUUUGGCAAAGAGGAAGCGGAUCUGA